AUGUCACAAGACCCAUACCAUGAUUAUGAGCGAGAAAUAAAGCAAGCUCUUGGGAACGCAGAAACUCUUUCCAGAGAUGCACCCUUCGAUGCCAGCGCGCGGAAAGCGUUAGAAAACACGCUUGACAGCCUUCGGCAGGAUCUGAGCGAUGUGCAACAAACAGUGAACAUUGUCGAGCAAUCCGACAGCGAGAGAUUCGGAAUCGAUGCAAAUGAGCUUGCGCGACGUAAAACGUUCAUUGCAAAGUGUGUGAGAGAGCUGAAGCAAUUGUCGGGUUCUUUGACUGUAUCAGAGCCUGUUGCAUCUGGCUCGCUCGCGUGGGAGCGCGAGCAGCAACAAAUGUUGCUUGCAAACCAAGAUCAAGCUUUGGAUACUAUUGGCACAUCGUUAUCGACUUUGCGUUCUCAAGCGCAUCUAAUUGGGCAAGAGACAGACGAACAAGUGCUCAUGUUGGGUGAGCUCGAUGCAGACGUUGACCAGACGCAGACGCGGCUUCAAAGGGCGAUGACUCGGAUGGAUCAAUUUGUUGCGCGCACUGAUGCAAAGCUUGGCGGGUGGUGCGUGUGGAUUUUAAUUGUGGUAUUAUUAUUACUGCUAUUGCUUGUUUUACUUUUGUAA